CACACACACGGUGUCAGCGAGUCAGGGUUUCCUCGACAGCGUCACCAGCUCUGCUCUCCGAAACCUGUGAGAGCUCCAGGACGAGGAGACAGACUGACUGCUGCUGCUGUCCACUUCACUUCACCACAGCGCUCAACACCAUGGCUGCCGCUCUCACCAUGCUCCUCUUCUUCUUCCUUCACACCUUCACUGCCUCAGCGCUGGAACUGGCCUCUGAGCGAGUUGAUCCCCAGAUACUUCCAUACCUCACUGGUUGCGUCUCCACCAACAUGGAAACUUUCCACUGCAGAUGGAAUGUCGGCGCUUCCCAGAGCCUCUCCGAGCCGGGAGCUCUCCGCUUAUUCUACAUUAACAAAAACAGAACCCCUUCUACCAAAGAGUGGAGUGAGUGUCCUCACUACAGCACCGACAGGCCAAACGAGUGCUUUUUCAAUGAGAACCACACAACCAUCUGGACAUCUUACCAUAUCCAGCUCCGCUCAAGGGAUCAAGCCAAACUCUAUGACGAGAACAUCUUCUACGUUCAAGACAUCGUGAAACCGGAUCCUCCAGUCGACUUGAACUGGACGCUGCUGAAUGUGAGUGUGACCGGCACGUAUUAUGACAUCAUGCUGAGCUGGAAGCCGCCUCAGUCCGCAGACGUGGAGAUGGGAUGGAUGACGCUGCAGUACGAGGUCCAGUACCGCGACGUCGAUGCGGACCUGUGGGAAGUGGUCGACCUUGUGAAAAGCACACGUCGCUCCAUUUAUGGGCUUCACACUAACGUCAAUCACGAAGUCCGGGUCCGGUGCAAAAUGCUCGGUGAGAAAGAGCUCGGAGAGUUCAGUGACUCUGUAUUUGUCCACGUCCCAUCUAAAGGGUCGAGAUUCCCAGUGAUGGCCUUGCUCAUCUUCGGUGGCUUGUGUUUAGUGACCAUCCUGAUGUUAGUUAUCAUAUCGCAGCAGGAAAAAUUGAUGGUUAUUCUUUUGCCUCCUGUUCCUGGACCUAAAAUAAGAGGAAUAGACCCUGAACUACUCAAGAAAGGGAAGCUGAAGGAGUUGACAUCCAUCCUGUGUGGCCCCCCUGAUCUGAGGCCGGAGCUGUACAACAACGACCCCUGGGUGGAAUUCAUCGAUCUGGACAUCGAAGAGCAUAACGACAGACUGACCGACCUGGACACGGACUGUCUCAUGGAGCGCUCCCUGUCCUCCAACUGCUCUCCCCUCUUCAUCGGCUUCAGAGACGACGACUCCGGCCGGGCCAGCUGCUGCGACCCGGAUCUCCCCAGCGACCAGGAAGCGUCGCCUUUCCUUCCACUCAUCCCAAAUCAAGCCCACAGUAGGGAACCCGCCUGUGAGCCAAGCUCUCCGCUCCAGAGCCCCGCCACUGGGGAGCCUCCUUUUGUAGCACCGGGCAGAGAAGCGCUGUACACCCAGGUGAGUGAGGUGAGGUCAUCUGGCAAGGUGUUGCUGUCGCCUGAGGAACAGACGGAGGUAGGGAAAAGCACCGGCAAAGACACAGAGAAAGACAUCAUGGCGGAGAAAGAGAAAGAGAAGAAGGAGUUUCAGCUCCUGGUGGUGAAUCCAGAUCACGGCGGUUACACAUCAGAGAUCAAUGCAGGAAAAAUGAGCCCCAGAUUGUCCACAGGAGACAUGAGUGAACCCUGCCAGACAGGAGACGUGAGUUCUUCACCGUCACCGUACCACGAAUCAGAUACCACCCCCAUGUCCCCUCUUUACCCGGCUCCUGUCUACACCGUGGUGGAGGCUGUUGACAGGCAGAACAGCCUCUUACUUACACCGAACUCGUCACCUGCCCCGCAACUGGUAAUCCCAAAAAUCAUGCCGACACCAGACGGCUACCUGACCCCUGAACUUUUGGGGAGCGUCACGCCAUAGAUCGGCGAUGAAAGUUAAGAAUUUUCAAUCAAAGGCACAGAUAAGCUUGGGAACAGUCUUGGAGAUUGACUAUUGAGGGUCCCAAGGUUGAGCGUUGAAUGUCACGUCUCCUAAAUAUAGUCAGGGGCAUCUGUGCCUGUCCUGCUACCACCUCUGGCCUCUCGCUGCUCCCUCUGACAGGGGCUGUAAAGGGUAAGUUGGAAGUUUGGUAUGAGGGAGGAAGAACACGUGUGUUUUACUGCAGUUAAGGAAAGGUCAAAGAGAAACUCUUAUCAUUCAUUUGGAAUCCUGGUUCUGUUCAGUUGAUGAAUGUAAGUCUUUUUACUCCUUUGGUUUGGUCUCCAUCAACUCCUGAGAAAAAUAACUUGCUCUUUAGCAGUUAAGUGCUUCACUGUCUUCACUAGCUAGUUGCUCAUUUUGUUUGUCUGCAGUUUGGUGAAGCCAAAACAGGCUAAAAAAAACCAUUAUAGGCAUUUCAUUCAAUGUUGAUAUAAAAGUAUUGAAAUAAGCUUCAAAUAAAGAGUACAUUUACAGUAAUUGUACUGUCACAUGCUUCAUUCCUACCAUUUUAUACAUAUCAAAGGUGUUCUUUUUGAUAAAAUAGGGUCAUGUAUAAUUGAUAUACUCUGUGAAAGAUCAUGUGCCCUUUCUUUAUGAAUCAACAUUUUGUAUGGUUUUCAUGUCUCAUUCUUUUUCAGGCUUUUACAGUAAAAAUGUAACUUAACCAACAACAAACACAGUUUUUAUUUUUUUAAAUUACUACUUAUUGGGCUUCAUAUAUCAUGUUGUUACCAACACAUGAACUCCUGAAAAAGUAAAAUAAAGCAUGAGUUGUACGUGUGUAAAAGAAUCAACUGGAACAUAAAAUAUUGAAUGCUAAUUACUUUAAUACCAUUAUAUACCAUAGAUUUGUAUUUAUUUUUUUAUAUUGUGAAAUUCUUUCAGAGCUGAGAGCAAAUAUAAUUUCGAUUGUCAGUCUUAUGCUCAAUCAGUAUUUCUUUUGCAUGCGCUGUAAAAGUUUUAUUUUUAAAAAAAAUGUUAAAAGUUGGGAGUACAUGGUGAUCAGUGUUGAAUUUCUACAGUUAGUGCAUUUUAACUGUUCAAGUGUUACAAAUAAACCAAUUUCAUACUUUU